AUGGGUCAAGACAACGAGCCUAAAACCUACCGCUACAAGGAGACUCCCGUCUACACGGCCUCCAAUGGCUGCCCAGUCAUGGACCCCCAGGCCGCCCAGCGCAUUGGUCCUAAUGGUCCUCUCCUGCUACAGGAUUUCCAUUUGAUUGACCUGUUGGCGCACUUUGACCGCGAGCGCAUUCCUGAGCGCGUAGUCCAUGCCAAGGGUGCUGGCGCCUACGGUGAGUUUGAGGUCACCGACGACAUUAGCGAUAUCACCACUAUUGAUAUGCUCAAAACCGUUGGCAAAAAGACCAAAAUGCUCACCCGCUUCUCGACCGUUGGUGGUGAAAAGGGAUCCCCUGAUAGUGCCCGUGAUCCCCGUGGCUUCGCCAUGAAGUUCUAUACCGACGAGGGCAACUGGGAUUGGGUGUUCAACAACACGCCUGUGUUUUUCCUGCGUGACCCUGCCAAAUUCCCCAUUUUCAUCCACACCCAAAAGCGCAACCCACAGACCAACCUGAAGGAUGCCACCGCAUUCUGGGAUUAUCUGUCCACCCACCACGAGGCCGUCCACCAGGUGAUGCACCUGUUCAGUGACCGUGGUACUCCCUUCUCUUACCGCCACAUGAACGGCUACUCAGGCCACACCUAUAAGUGGAUCAAACCGGAUGGCACCUUCAACUAUGUCCAGAUCCACUGCAAAACUGACCAGGGCAAUAAGACCUUCACCAAUGACGAGGCAACCAAGCUGUCUGCGGAGAACCCCGACUGGCACACCCAGGACCUGUUCGAAGCUAUCCAGCGCGGCGAGAACCCAUCCUGGACCUGCUACGUUCAAGUUCUGAGCCCCGAGCAGGCCGAGAAGUUCCGCUGGAACGUCUUCGAUCUGACCAAGGUCUGGCCACAGAACGAGGUGCCUCUGCGCCGCUUCGGCCGCUUCACUUUGAACCAAAAUCCGCAGAACUACUUCGCGGAAAUCGAGCAGGCCGCCUUCUCCCCCUCGCACAUGGUCCCCGGCGUUGAGCCCUCCGCCGACCCCGUUCUCCAAUCCCGCCUUUUCUCCUACCCAGACACUCAACGCCACCGUCUCGGCGGCAAUUACGACCAGAUCCCUGUCAACUGCCCGCUCAAGGCCUUCAACCCUACCCAUCGCGAUGGCGCCAUGAACGUCAACGGCAACUACGGCGCCAACCCCAACUACCCCUCCACCUUCCGCCCCCUCGCCUACCAGCCCGUCAAGGCCAGCCAAGAGCACGAGAAAUGGACCGGCGCUGUUCUUGCCGAGCAGUACCCUGUUACCUCGGAGGACUAUGUCCAGGCCAACGGCCUGUGGCAGGUUCUUGGCCGUACCCCGGGCCAACAGGAGAGCUUUGUGGGCAACAUCUCCGGCCACCUCUGUGGCGCCCACGAGCGUGUUCGCAAGGCUACGUAUGAGAUGUUCCGUCGUGUCAAUGCGGAUCUUGGCGCCCGGAUCCAGUCUGCUACCGAAGCUCAUGUCACCGGUGCGCCACCAGCGCGUCUGUAG